AUGGAGCAACCCGACGGAUUCAACUGGCCACCCCUUAAAACAGACCCAGAUAUCUUAUCUGAGUAUAUGCACAGUAUUGGACUCCCUGAAGAUUGGGUUGUGGAACCAGUCAUCAGUAUAGAUGAGGAAUAGCUUCCAUAUAUUAAUAGACCAGUAGUUGCUUUCAUUUUAGCACUUGGUGACUACGAAGAGAAAAAGUAAGCAAGUUCUGAACUUGGUCAUGUUGAGACUUCCUUUUUUAUGAAGUAAACUGACAGUCUUAAUAACACUUGUGGAAUCAUUGCCUUCAUUCACUCAGUUCUUAAUAAUCUUGAUAAAUUUUCUCUUACUGAAGGUAGUAUUCUUCAAAAAUAUUACACAGCAACUAAAGAUCUCUCUCCUGAGGAAAGAGCAGCUUCUCUUGAAAGUAACAUUGAUUUGCAAGCUAUUCAUAAGUAAUAUGCUAAUGCUACUGCUGCUGUUGCUGCUGAUGAUGAUGAUGAAAGUGGCUCUGAUUCUGAUGAAAGCGUGAUGCAUCACUUUAUUACAUUUGUGCUCAACAAGAAUGGUUAAAUAGUUGAAUUGGAUGAUACCAAUUCAGGUCCAGUUGUUGUUAAAGAUCAUUCAGAUGACUUUAUUUAGGAUAUGGCCUAAAUUAUACUUGAGAAAAUCGAAAAUGGAGAUUACAGUGAGGAGAAUUUCAAAAUUUUCACUCUCAACAAAGAUAAUAUGGAAUGA